ACAGGCACAUUCUAAUCAUAAACAAGUAGCGGGCAGGAAAUAGGUUCUAAUGUAAAACCUAAUAAAUAUAUACUGGAAAAAGAAAAUGGAACGGACUUUUUGGUUCUUUGCAACGGUGUAUAUGUGGUCUGUCAUGGGUACACAUGUGUCGCAUGUUCCCUGUGAUGAUAAAAGCGUAAUGAAGCUUGCUCGACUUGCCGUCAAUUACAUCAACGAGGACAGACAAGAAGGAUACAAAUUUGCCCUCAACAGAGUUUUCAACGUGCAUGUUCAUCCUCAGGGUCCAGCUGGAAAGGUUUACUAUCUAGACUUGGAUGUCCUGGAGACCAAAUGUCAUGUCCUCAGCCGAAAAUCAUGGAAGCGCUGCGACAUUAGGCCCUUUAUGGAAACACAAAUCACGGGGAACUGCAACACUACCAUUCUACACACCCCAGAUGGCUUCUCCUACCUCUACAGCUAUGACUGUACCCUUGUACCAGCCCCCACUGAAAAGUUACAGAAGACAUGUCCAGACUGCCCCCUGCUGUUGCCUGUGGAUAGUGACAGAGCAGUCUCCAGUGCUAAGAUCACUCUGCGCAGCUACAAUGGUCAGAGCACUCUGCCUGUACAGCUGACUGUGGCAGCUAUAACCAGAGCCUCUCACCAGGUCUCUCCAGUUGCAGCCAGUUUUGUCGAGUUUACUGUGCAGGAGUGCUCUGAGCCACCGCUGGAUGAAGCUUUGUGUGUGCCAGCAGAUGCAGGGAAAGGGGCCAUUGGAUUCUGUGUCGGGGCGGUUUUUGGCGCCGAAGCGACCCCAACCGACGUUAAGGUGUCCUGUGAAAUAUUCCACCCACAGCACUCUGGGAUUUCUGUUGGUAGUGAUACAGGCACACAGAAGCCAGAAAAGCCCAGCUCUCUACCAUACGUACCACCAGCUCUUGAUCGGCCUAGAACUGCAUUUCAUGACAUCAGUCCAGGCAGACUGCCAGACCCUGUUCAUCAACUUUUUCCAGACAGAGCUGGACCCAAAUCGAGUGAAUCCAGCGAGUCUUCUUCAUCAGAGGAGGUGGCAGGUUUGGAGCGAAUUGCCAGGCCUCCGCUCAACUUCCGAUAUGAGCCUUCACGCCAGAGGAGAGAGGCAUCGGUGGUAACGAUCAACCCUACUUUUCUGGCUGUGUUCCCCAGCACACCCUCCCCUUUUCGUUCCUGCCCUGGAGCAUCUCGCUAUACCACUGUGUAAAAAUAUUUAGAGCAUGGUCGUGACAAUUCAUUCAGAACUGAAGAGGUUAUAGACAGUUAUGGCUAGAUUUAGCAGAGGAGAACUUUCCUUAUGAAUUCAUUCGAGAACUCUGAUGAAGUUGUAGCUAAACAUUGUAAACAUAAUUUACGUGUGUGUUUGCAACACUAGGAAUAUCUGGCUUUGAGAAAUAGCAUGAUAAAUCUUUAUGCAAUGUCAUUUUCUCUGGCAUUCUAUUUCUUUCGUACACCCAUUUCUACAUUUUCCAUUCUGAUUCUUUACAGUGCUUGACUGUCAUCAUGUCUUUUAUUAAAUAAAGAAGUGUCAAUUCA